AUGAAUAGUCUUUUUUUGUCUCCGGAACAUGUAUUGCAAGGUGGAUAUUUUCAUGAAACUCUUCGAAAAUUACAAGAACCAAACACUAGUAUACAACCGCACAAUAUUAUGUAUCCAGUGUUUUUGCUAGAAAAUGAGGAUGGCUUUCAGUCAGUUUCGAGCAUGCCAAAUGUCUAUAGGUACGGCAUUAACAAACUGAUACCUGCCCUCACAGAGCUGGUUGAAAAAGGAUUAAAAUCAAUUCUUAUAUUUGGAGUGGUGGAAACAUUGGAGAAGGAUGCAAUAGGCACAAAUGCUGACUCACCACAAAACCCGGUUAUAAAAGCAUUGCCCAAAUUAAGGGCUGCACUACCAAAUCUGGUAUUAGCCGCUGAUGUAUGCUUGUGCCCAUAUACUUCCCAUGGUCAUUGUGGUUUGCUGACACCAAAUGGUGCUAUCGACCAUGCUGAAUCAGUGAAGAGGAUAGCUGAGGUUGCCCUAGCUUAUGCUAAAGCAGGUGCUCAUAUAGUGGCGCCUUCAGAUAUGAUGGACAACAGAAUCAAAGCCAUUAAGGACGCUUUGGUCGCAAACAAACUACAGAACCAGGUCUCGGUGCUAUCGUAUUCGUGCAAGUUCGCGUCUUCAAUGUACGGCCCGUUCCGCGACACGAUGAAGAGCUCCCCGAUGGCCGGCGACCGCAAGUGCUACCAGCUGCCGCCCGGCAGUGCCGGUCUAGCCAUGAGGGCCGCUUGCCGGGACGUCGCGGAAGGCGCGGACUUUUUAAUGGUGAAGCCCGGACUGCCGUACUUGGACAUCGUCCGCCAGACCAAAGACAAGUUCCCGCAGCAUCCACUCUUCAUCUAUCAGGUGUCAGGUGAAUAUACGAUGAUAUGCCGCUGCGGUGAUAGCAACGAGGUGGAGACAACUCUUAUGGAGACUCUUACGUGCAUGAGACGAGCCGGAGCGGAUUGUAUAAUCACAUAUUUCGCCCCGUUAAUUUUAAGCAUAAUAUCAAAUAAACAAUGA